UUAUUAAUACAUCCCACCCCAACCCCUCUCCUUCCCUUUCUCUGCUUUCCUUCACAACCCAUGUCUUCUCUCCUCUGCUCUCCUAUCCUCUCUCUUCACCUCCUCAGCUCAGCCUUCUUUGGGACUAACACAAGAGAGUAAAUCAAACCACAUUUCUCUUACUCCAACCAGGUUUUGGCUUUGCUCUUUCUUCUUGUGCCUACUGCUGCUACACCCCACUUGGGAAAGAGCAAAAACUCAAUUCACAAACACUUGAUUCUUGUUUAUUGUGGUGAAUCUUCAUCUGGGUCCUCAAUUUUUUUGGAGAUUCAGAGCUUCUAUUGAUCUCAGCUUUUCUUCUCUGUGUAAUUCUAAAAGUAUUUGUCUAUGGAAAAGGAGAAGCUCUUUAUGAAUGCUGGUAGCCCACCUCCCCUGACUUAUCCAGCCUCUUCGUCUUCUACACCAACCAAUUGGCAUUCUUCAUCCUCAGCCAUGGAGCUUCCACUUGGAGACCUGAAUGGUUCUUCAGAGCAAUUGCCCAAUUGCUUCCUCAAUCUCAAUUGGGAGAAUUCAAUGGAUCAGAGUGUUCCUUUUGAAUCAGCCCUGAGCUCAAUUGUUUCUUCUCCUGCCACAUCGAAUGCGGCGGUUCCGCCUGACAGUGUCGUCAUCAGAGAACUGAUUGGGAGACUUGGUAGCAUCUGUAACUCCGGAGAGAUCUCUCCUCAGUCUCGGACAAUGGGUGGUAGUGCAGCUUCGGCUUCUUACAUUGGGGGAAACAAUAGUGCCAACACUUCCUGCUAUAGUACCCCUUUGAAUUCACCACCAAAACUAAAUCUUUCCAUGAUGGAUCAUCAGGUCACUGGGAAUAUACCCCUCUUGGGGAAUCCCAUGCCUACCCAUCCAAGUUUGGCUCCUUUCGCUGCUGAUCCUGGAUUUGCAGAGAGGGCUGCGAGGUCCUCCUGCUUCGGCAGUCGGAAUUUCAGUGGAUUAACAGGCCAAUUUGGACUCAAAGAAGCUGAAUUCCCUUACAGAUCAGUGCCAAGGGUGGGGAAUGGAAAGCUAUCGAGAGUCUCCAGCAGCCAAUCUCUCAAGGUUGUUGGGUCUCAGAUGGGUAGUCAGGAGAACAAAGAAACUCCAUUGCAGGACACAAUUGAGACAGAGAUGAGAUCCGCUUCGGCUUCAGAUAGGAAAUUCGGUAAAUUAUCGAGGUCUUCAACACUAGACAAUGCAGAGGAUUUCGCAAAUUCUCGUGAGGAAUCCUCAAUUUCUGAGCAAAUCCCAGGUGGGGAUUCUGUCAUGAAAGCUUCCAAUGCUGCCAAUGGCAGAAAGAGAAAAGCUGCUCCAAGAGGAAAAGCAAAGGACACCCCUUUAUCCCCUUCUGAAAAAGAAUCGAAGGAAGAGGAGGACCCAUAUGCAAAAAGAAGCAAAUCAGCUGAAGCCACUGCAAAGGAAAAGGAUGCAACAAAGGCAAAGGCAGAACCCAAUGGGGGUUCCAACAGUCCAGGGGAUGGAGGUCAGAAGAAAACCAAGGAUAACUCGAAGCCACCAGAACCUCCCAAGGACUACAUCCAUGUUAGAGCAAGAAGAGGCCAAGCCACUGAUAGCCACAGUCUUGCUGAAAGGGUCCGAAGAGAGAAGAUCAGUGAACGGAUGAAGUUCCUUCAAGAUCUUGUACCGGGUUGCAAUAAGGUGACUGGUAAAGCGGUUAUGCUCGACGAGAUUAUAAACUAUGUUCAGUCACUGCAACGCCAAGUUGAGUUCCUGUCUAUGAAAUUAUCCACUGUGAACCCGAGGCUUGAUUUCAACAUGGAAAGUCUACUCUCAAAGGAGAUACUUCAGCCUCGAGGGUCCUUGCCACAUCCAAUUUACCCAUUAGAUUCUUCAGCACCAGCCUUUCAAUAUGGGCAACAGCACCAGCAAGGACCACCCCUUCAAAGUGGAAUUUCUAAUGGAGCAGAGACUCAGUGCUCAGUGAACCCAUUAGAUGCCGCGUUUCGUCUAAAUCUUGGUGUGCAGUUAUCUUCUGUUGAUGUUUUUGGUGAAGCUGCUUCUCAGCUCUCAUCAUUCUGGGAGGACGACCUCCAAAGUGUUGUUCAAAUGGGAUUCGGCCAGAACCAGAGCCAGGAAGCAGCAUUCCAGCCACAGAGUUUCCAUGGCUCAUUGCCAACUACCCACAUGAAAGUUGAACUCUGAUCACCAAUUUACUAAAUUUGAAUUUGGUUGAGGCCCCAGGUAAAGAAGGGCUUUGUAUAUACAGAAAGAUGUUGCUUUGAACCGGCACACGAGCUCCUGAACUAUCAACCAUUAGUCCUGAGCAAGAGAUUUUUUUUUUUUCUUUCCCUUUUUUGGGUCCCCUUCUUUGUGUUCAUCAUUUCUGUGACUGAUUCUUUGGAGAAUUCUCACAAGUAUCCUUUGUAAAAUUUUAGAACUAAUUGUAUUCUGUGGUGCAAAAUAUAAUUACAGCAAAUAUAAGAUGUAGCAUGGUAAGAAGAACAUUAAAGUGAAAGGAAAGGAGGGAAGGAGGAGUUUUGGUACCAACUUCUGAUCCAACCUUUGUUGUCAUGUCAACCUUACCAUCCAGUAAUACUAUUAUCAGUUGAUUAA